AACUUAGUGGAAAUGAAAGAGAGGGCACGAAACCCGAAAACCGCAGAUACAGAGGUGUAAAGGCUGCGAAUAUAAGACGAGAGAGUGAGAUAGAGAGAGCACUGUUCACCAAAUUUUUUGAAGUUUGAGCUUUAAAGGCAAAACCAGAAGUCACAGUGAAUCCAAGAAACAAAUGUAAAGGAGGGAGACGCAUUAAAAAACACAGUUUUUGAGAAUGUUUGAGUGAGUGAGAGAGAAAAUCGCUUGUUGUGUGUGAAGAUAACAUGAGUAAAUGGUUGGGGUUUUCUCUGACUCCACACUUGAGAAUUGAUGAAGGGUUUGGUAGAGAAGACCAAGCUCCUGGUUUCUCUGUCAUGCCUUUGCGUUCUGAUGGAUCUCUUUGUGUUUUUGAUCCCUUUAGACGUCCAUCUAAUGGUGCCCCAGAUUGGAGAUAUGAAAACACUAUGGAUGGAGGUAGUACAAGUGAGGAUGGUCCCAAGCUUGAGGAUUUCUUGGGGUGUUACUCAAACUCACCUUCUAAUGAGAGUGCUAGUUCAGUUUCUGGGUUCAAGUCUUGGCUUAGGCAGACGGCGCCAUUUUCUUCUAGUGGGAAGUCUCCAAUUGAAGCAAACAAUAGCAAUUUUCAAUCAUUAUUGCUCACAAUGAAUCCUAGUUCUCAGAAUGGAUUGGCUACUAUAUCUCCAUUGCAAGUGGUUGAUAACCGUAAAAGGCCAGUUGUAAAAUCACUUGCUAAAGAACCAGUUUCUCAUAAAUCUAUUGACACAUUUGGACAAAGAACUUCACAAUAUAGAGGUGUAACAAGGCAUAGAUGGACUGGGAGAUAUGAGGCCCAUUUAUGGGACAAUAGUUGCAGGAAAGAAGGGCAAACGAGGAAAGGAAGGCAAGUUUACCUUGGUGGGUAUGAUAAGGAAGAAAAAGCAGCAAGGGCUUAUGAUUUAGCUGCCUUGAAGUAUUGGGGUCCAACAACGCAUAUUAAUUUCCCUUUGAACACUUAUGAGAAAGAGCUUGAAGAGAUGAAGCACAUGACCAGGCAAGAAUUUGUAGCCAGUUUGAGAAGGAAAAGUAGUGGGUUUUCAAGAGGAGCUUCUGUGUACAGAGGAGUGACAAGGCAUCAUCAACAUGGAAGAUGGCAAGCUAGAAUCGGAAGGGUUGCUGGAAACAAGGAUUUGUACCUUGGAACAUUUAGUACACAAGAAGAAGCUGCCGAGGCCUAUGACAUUGCUGCAAUUAAAUUUAGGGGUACCAGUGCUGUUACAAAUUUUGGUAUAAGAAGGUAUGAUGUGAAGAGAAUUUGCUCAAGCUCCAAACUCAUUGCUAGUGACCUAGCUAAGCGUUCAUCAAAAGAUUCGGCUCCGGUGGCCCUCGAGGAUUACAAUUCUUGUGCUUCAUCAACAUCUUCUCAGCCCCACCUUGCCAUAGCAAGCAGUGAAGCCUCCCGUGAAUUGACUGACAUGAUGUGGAGUGAAAAUACAGGGGAACAUCAACAGCAACAAGGUGCUAACAACAAUAACAAUGGUGUAACUUUGGUGGCUUCAAGUACCAGGAAUCCCUGCAAUGCUGCUAGUCCAAAAUGUUCGGUUGGCUUAGCUAGUGAUUUUGGCCUUGGCAGCGAAAGCUGUUCUCAGGGCUACUUUCCAUUGCAGGGUGGAAAGCAUCAAGUCCCUAUGUUUGCAUUGUGGAAUGAUUGAAAAGUAGUAAAUGAAGAUGAGCAAGAUUUGAGAACUCUAUAUCAAAUAUAUAAUAAUUAUCAUUAUAAAAA